AUGCUCGUCUGUAAACUCUGGAAAGAUAUCGUUUCGGACAUGGACGACAAGAUAAUGCUAGUCGGUGGGCCAGACGGUUACGAGCCAGACUGGCCCCCAAAAAAAAAGAGACACGAAGCCAAAUAUAUCCGCUAUCUCGAUGGGAGACCAGAGCAGUACGUAUCAUUCCAGUUCCCCUGGAGCGGAGCACCUUUUCGGACUGCCUCAGUUCGUGGACCAAAAACAUUCAAGAUAAAUUCAGAGAAACCUCUCGCACCGGUCACUCUAAUUGAAAGGAUGAAUAUCACCGUCUCCGAUCCAGUAGACGGCCCAUUGACGACAUUCACGAGGAAUGUUCGUGCGCUACAUCUACAAAUGUCCACCAACAGAUAUAUAGACAUAUUUCGUGUAGAUAUCUUGGAUAAUCUCACAUAUCUGGGUCUCUGCGAUUCCGGUCAUGGCCAGAGUUUCAAAUCCUUCGUCCAACAAGUAUGGGCUUUCCCAGCUCUACGCGCCCUCGUCCUUCAGGCAAGUGACAUUCACUUGCCGGAGAAUGCGAUGGAGAAAUGGCGUUGCCCAAACUUGACGAUGUUCAAGUACAUGUUCCGACGAGUAUACUUAGGGCCCGGUCCACUUUGUUUCAUCAAUGGUCAUGCUCAAAAGUUGAACGAGCUAGAAAUUCAUGGGAAUGGCACGGCCCACUGGCACGUGGCCGAGAACUGGAGGCGGCUUAUGGCGCUCAAGUCAUAUGCGUUUGACUCGCUCGAAUCCUUGUUGAAGGCACUCCCUUUCAUGCAGUACCUUUGGUAUCCAACGCCUGGGGAAAUAUUGCCUCUGCCGCGAAGGCGGCUGCGCGUUCGCCUCUCGGUGGGCUUACGUGACCCUCUGCCUAAAGAAUUGCUUCAACAAGGCGCACAAUACAGGCAACUACUUGCUAAUAUGGACAUCUUCCUCUCGACUACCUGGCUUCAGCUUUCAGGUGAAACAUAUCGACAGGUCAAACCAGAAUACGCAAAUUUCUUCGCCGCUGUCGAAGAGUUGGAGCUCGACAUCUCCGAUGGGAGGAACCAGCCGUUCAGUAGUCCUGACGCGCAGAGGCUGCACGGACAACUUGCCAAGGCGGAGGCUAAUGCGAAGGCAAAAGAGUAUUAG